AUGAACAAGACAACACUACAGAGCACUAAGGAAGCAAUCUUGGAAAUCAAUCCCAGAGCGCAAGUCACCGCCCGCGUGGGCGACGUAGCAGAUGAGGCUUUCGUAAGCUCUUUUGUUGACCAAGUCGCAAAGGAGCACUCCCGUCUCGACUAUGCGGUCAACUGUGCUGGCAUUUUGAAGGAGUCUCUUCGGUCCACCGAGACCCCUGUCUCUACGUUUGAUGCCAUUACCAACGUCAACUACAGGGGAACAUGGUUGUCUUCCAGGGCCGUGCUGUCGCAUAUGUUGAAGCAGAAAGCGCUGCCCGAGCACCCAAACUUCCAAGGAGCCAUCGUCAACAUUGCAAGUCAGCUUGGUAUAGUAGCAAGACCUGGCGCCGCAGCUUACUGUGCAUCCAAGGCUGCCAUCAUCAACUUGACGCGGGCCGAUGCAAUAGAUUAUUCGCAAGAUGGAAUUCGCGUCAACUGCGUCUGUCCUGGUGUGAUUGAGACACCUAUGACCACAAGCUCCGAAGAAAUGAAGAAGACGUUGAGGCCUGCGAUAGAUAUCGCUCCGAUGCGCCGGAUGGGCACAGCUGAUGAGGUUGCUCACGCUGUCUUGUUCCUUUGCUCUCCAGAGGCGUCCUUUGUUCAGGGCCACGCUUUAGUUGUUGAUGGAGGAUACACUAUUAACUAG